AUGGAGCAGGAGCCGCUAGACGAUCUGAGUCGGGAGCGAAGCCAUGAGCACCCGACGGCACGGCCCGUGACGCGUGGUCGAGGUCACCGGGGGCCCACAGACGAGAAGCCACGAAGGGUGGUCUUUGUGGAUCAUCACCAUGUUCACCACCACCAUCACUUCCACGCGCCCACGGACUGGGACGGUGCCCCUGGCGAUCUUCCACCAGAGUCGCUGCAGCGUUGCCAGGAGCAGAAGGCAGAGCAAGACGUGGAGCGCUGCAUGGAGCAGACAGGCCCGGCGCCUGCGGCCCUGCCGGAAGCGCCGAAACCAGGCCGCCCACGGCCGAGGCGGAACGCGCCGGGACGCUGGGAGCCGGUUGGCGGGGCCAGCAUUGACCUCUUGGAAGAGUCCUUAGCCGGGAGCCUCCCGGGCUUGCAGAGCACCUUCAGCACAUUCGGUGCUCGCAGAGGUAUGCCAGGCACGGCCGAGGCAGGCCUGCCAUCUGCAGAGGCGUCCUGGCUGGCGAGCGUGUCGAAUCCGCUACCGGCCACGGGCAGUGCAGCACAGAGAAAGCAGCCGCCAGAAUUGCAGCUGCAGCAGUAUUUCGAGGUCAUGUCCUGCUUGCCGCUGGAGACUCGCUUGAAGCUGUCGCCAUACGCGGUGCCACUGGGUGCCCGGUAG